UGAUGGGGAACGAUAAAUAAGGUUGGCUGGUAUAGUAUGUACUAGCAAAAGGUAUCACAUGUAUCAAAGCUGUACCAAUUUGGAAUGAAAUGCUGGCGGAGAAUGUACGUCGGUAACAGCUAGCGGUAAACUAAUCCCAAACAACAGCAUGGACCGCCUCACUGCAACAUAUGAGGCGUUGCUGGCGGCGGUGGCGGAUGCCGCAAAGCAGCUCGGGGAAGGCACGCAGCAGCCAUCUACCCGCAUCCGUGUUGAGGAGGCCAGGCAGGACUUCAUCAACUGCUGUGAUGUCAUGUGCUUCCAACUGAAGCAGUCCGCGGAUGUGAUACGGCAGGAGAUGGUCGCCGCCAUGCCGCCCUCGCAGCGGCCUGCGCAAGACGCCGCCCCUCAAAUGGAUCCAACCCAAGUACGACAAGCGCUGGAGGUCGCGCAGCUUUUCGCAGAGCAGCUCCGAAACCACCACCAUGGUUGUGACAACAGUGGCGGCGGUGAUGCCGCGGUUGCCGGUACUGGCGCUGCUGGUGGUGUUGCUGGUGUUGCUGGCAGCGGCACUGCAGAUGGAGAGCUGGUGCCGUUGCCUCUUCAGGCAACUGCUCCAGCAGCAGCAAGCCAUCCGCCGCAAGAUCACAUGAUGCUCGCUUGACGGGUGAGGAUUAGCGCAGUGGGGGCACACCAAGCAAGCAUUACACGCAAGGACGCGUUAGUGUGAAUCUGGCGUGCCUGACUUGAACCGUAGAUGUGUAUUAGGCAGGGCAUAUUUGGAUUGAUAUAUAGGCUGUAGGCAUAGACAGACACGUGAUAGGCAUACCUCCGGUCAUGAACCAUUCAAGAUGAAGGAGAAGGGCUGGCACUGGAUGGCAGCGGCUGCUUUCCAUGCGACCCGUGGGUCGUUGUUACAUGCUGUGCGUGGGCGUAGCGGAGCGGAAUCGACAAUGUUUGUUUGGGAGACACUUUUGCGUAUUACAGGAGUUUCCAUUGAUGGAACAUGUGUGACGAGGUGUAGGCGGUGAAAGCAAUAAUCUACACACUACACUCGUGAAGCUGUCUGGCAUGUCAGGUAACAUGAAGUACAACAAAACGUACAACAAGAGUACGGCACAACAUGAGGAGGGGCCGUUGCCA